AAGAUGCCGGAGCCAGCGAAGUCAGCCCCCAAGAAGGGCUCUAAGAAAGCCGUGACCAAGACGGCCGGGAAGGGAGGCAAGAAACGCAAGAGGACAAGGAAGGAAAGUUAUGCUAUCUAUGUAUACAAGGUAUUGAAGCAGGUCCACCCUGAUACUGGUAUCUCUUCCAAGGCCAUGGGAAUCAUGAAUUCCUUCGUCAACGAUAUUUUCGAGCGUAUUGCCGGGGAGGCGUCUCGUCUCGCCCACUACAAUAAGCGCUCCACUAUUACCUCUAGGGAGAUCCAGACUGCUGUUCGCCUUCUGCUUCCCGGUGAGUUGGCCAAACACGCCGUAUCUGAGGGCACCAAGGCCGUCACCAAGUAUACCAGUUCUAAGUAA